UCAAAGCAGACAUUCGAAAAAGCAGCACAACAUUGAAGAUUAAAAAACAAUUCGGUUGCUGUUUAUUUACUAACAACCACUGUGCGGCGGUAGUGAGUGGUUUUUGCAAAGGCUGCUGGGAAAUGUUGAGUUUUUGUUUGUUUUUUUAACUCAAAACAGAUUGUGAAAUAUUGUUGCUACUGUCGCCGGCACUGAAGAGCGAGCGCACAUGGAGGACGGAAGCGCUCAAACGUCCUGGUUUUCCAGCCCCGUCUACAACCGAUACUGGCAGCACUACCGCCAAGCGAUGGCCUGGCACCAGAGGCACAGGCGGGCCUACCAGAAAGCCUUGGAGGCCGCUUCCGGCCCCAUCUACCGCCGCCAGCGAGAGCGCUACGCAGACUGGCGUGCGUGCCAAAGUGACAGUGAAGCAGAAGAGGAGAGCAGCUCGGACGAUGAGAUCGAAUGCGACGUCAGUAACAUGGAGAUCAGCGAGGAGCUUCGGCAAUAUUUUGCUCAGACCGAGAAACACAAAGAGGAAUUAAGGCAGCAGCAACAACUUGAGGCCGAGCAAGAGGACAGCUACGUCCCAGCCGAUCGGGACCUGCGCAGCGCCUGCCGGCAAGCCAGCGUGGCCCCGCCCACCGAGCGGCCGGGUGAAAGGCGUGGGGCCGAGAUGAAAAAGCUGUACGGGGAGGAUGCCGCCAAGAUUCUGGCCAUGGAGACGGCCAUGCAGCUCACGUUUGACAGAAACUGUGACCGCAAGCAGCCCAAAUACUGGCCCGUCAUCCCACUUAAACUUUAAGUUUGAUUUAUUUGGCAUAUUAAAAGUGGAACACAGAAAAUAAGAGAUCUUUCAAAAGACUUCAUGUAACUGUGGAUUUGUUGACGUUGGGACAAUACAUUUCAAGAU